UCAUGACCUGGUUGUAAGACUCAGAAGUCAGUGGGUGGGAAGAAAGGCAAACAAGCCCUUUGCUGUGGUGGUUUCCCAGGCCAGAGGGUCUGGGACAGCAUGGCCACUUAGAAGUGUGGGAUCUAGACUCUCAGAUCCUCCUGGAGCCUCUGCUACCAUCCCUUGAGGUUAUAUAAGUAGGCAGAGGUAGACAAUCCAGCAUUUAAAGAAUAACUUGCUCCUAGGAGGCUGGCCAAGAAAGUGCAGCCCUUUCCUAACUCUGAUAGCUCAGCGCUUACCCGGGGCUCUUGGGGGAAACCAGCCCUUGGGCUGCAGUGUGCGCAAGGCCAGGGCGUGGAAGCAGUUAGCCUGAGUUGAGCCCCCCCCUCCACUACCGGGGCAGGGCCAGGCGCGGACCACUUAGGGUGCUUGUCUCCUGUGCGCACCGGGGCGGGGCGUCGUAGUGGGUGUAGUCCGUCAGGCAGUUGCGGGUCGUGCGGGUGGAGGCCGGAUGCUGGGUGGGGGUCGGCUGGCCUGGCCCUGACCUGGGGCGCAGUCUAGAGAGUCCAGCCUUACUUCUGUAACAUAGGCUUCCAGAUGACCAUGGAGGCUGAGCGCCCCCGGAACUGGGUUGGGUCUGUGAACGUCACCCGCCCCACUCUGAGGGUCAGGACCUAGGGUCUGUAGCCUCCCAAGAUCCUCGGCUGCAGAUCUCGACUCAGUGCCUAAAUGCAGAGGGCCUGAGUCAGCGCCACGCCGGUUACUGUGCCCACACCACCACAGGUACCAGUGGGCAAGGGCACUGCCAAAGUUUCUUUCCCUGCAAAGAUGGUGUGGGGUCUGCACAAACUUUGGGGCCUGAAGGCGUUGGCAGCUGGGGGUGCUGCGCCGGCCUGUGCGUGUCUGUGGGUCAGGCCAAGUGGAGCUGAGGGGCCAAGCAGAUGCUUCCCGCCACCGGAGCAGGGGGCGGGGCUAGGGCGGGGCCAUGUGGUCCACACUAGCUUUAUCGGGUGUGGGAGUUGGGCGCCAGAUUUGAGGUGGAGUCUGGGGUCCCUAGGCCAACUCCUCCACAGAGCUCUCCAACCCCUAUUUUCAGCGCCCUUCUAUAGGUGGCAGCCUUGUAGGCUUAGAGUUCUCAGAGCCACAGGAGCCUCAGCAUGCCCCCAACGCCUUCUGAUCACAUCCCAGUGCCAGUAAAGAGAAUCUGGCUUGGAGCCUUGGAAGGAGGCCAGCCAUGUCUUCUCCAUCCGCUCCAUCACCCCCACUGCCCCCAGAAGCAACCCACCUUCUGUUUGGGAGGCCACCCUGAGAAAAAAGAAGGUAAGUAUGGGAAAAUCCCCUCCAUGGGUGUGCUGGACAGGAUGGCUACUGAUGACAUAGGCCCCUAUCACUCCAGAGCUCUAUUCAGGUCAUGUUCCAGUGCCUGUGGAAGAGCUGUGGGAAGGUGCUGAGCACAGUGUCCGGGAUGCAAAGACACAUCCACCUGGUGUACCUGGGGUGCGGUGGGACUGGGGGGUUGGUCAGGGUGGGGUCAGGCCUGGCCAGAAUUUAUGCUCUCUCUCACUUUGCUGUUCCUGGCAGGAGACAGGCAGAGCCAGAGCAGAAUGAUGGGGAAGAGGACUUCUACUACACAGAGCUGGAUGUUGGUAUGGACAAGCUGACUGACAGGUUGUCCAGCCUAACACCAGUGUCUCCUCCAGUCUCCAUGCCACUUACCUUUCCUCAUGUGGAGUUCUUAGAGCUACUGGAGGCCUCCAGUUCUUCCCAACCUGCCACAUCCCCUAACUUGGCUUCCACCUCCCAAGCUCAGCUCUUCAGCUGUUCCACAGAGAUGCCACAGCCCACUGAGGCCCAAGCCUACAUACCAGCCCUGCCUGCUAAGCUUGGGGUCAACCUGAGGAAGCCCUGGGGUGAUGCCAAGAAGUGCCGGAAAGUGUAUGGCAUGGACCACAGGGACCUGUACACAGCCUGCCGCUGGAAGGAAGUCUGCCAGCAGUUCCUGGAGUGAGCCCAUCCCAUGAUGCUACUGCCUGGCCUUCCUCCCACUCCCAGCCUGAAGCUACAGCAAACCUGUGGUGGAUUUGAUUACUCUGGACUCCUAAAGGUGGAGGAGUGACUGACUACUCAAAGUGCCUUGGAAGAAACCAGCCUUUUGCACUAAAGCCAAACUGCAUGUUGUCCUUUUAGCUCCAGGGGCAGCUUGCCUCCCUGCCUGUCACUCACAGACAUGUCAAAGAUGAAAGUGGGCUCUGCUAAAGCCUGUUUAAGUUGCACUUUGAGAGGUCUCAGGGAGAGUAUUCUCCUGCCCACAUUUAAAGGUGGUGGUUCCAGGCCCCCCCUGGGGCUGACAUUUUACCAUGUUAAUGAAGUUCAGGUGUCUUGUGUCUGGGCUAUAUCAGCCAAAGAGAAAAAUUAAAAACUGUGGGGGUUGUUUGUUUGUUUAGUU